AUGUCGACCACCGAGCGAAAACUGCGCAGCCUCAAAGCCCGUCGGCGCAGUUUAUCAGCAUCCUUCCUCAACAUCAGCAGAUUCGUCGAUGGUUUCCAAGAACCCCGAGACACCGCAGAGGCACCAGUCCGACUAGAAGCUGUCGUCGAAAUCUGGUCCGAGUACGCGAAGGUCCAGUCUGAAUUGGAAACCCUGGACGAAACACCUGAAGCACUAGAUAAAACAAUCGCCAACACACCACCGGUCAGUGCCGAACAACAAUCAUCGUCAGCUUCAGCUCCUGCUCCGAGAAUCAACGUAGCUCACUCCGGGAUCACCAGCACCAGCACCAGCACCAGUUGCCACUCACCAACCUCCGAUCGAUCCCGAGUAAUCUUAGCCACGGCUGUUGUGGUGGUAGUCGAUGACGUAGGAAACAAACAUCUAGCUCGUGCCUUGCUGGAUUCUGGCAGCGAAUGUUGUUUUGCCACCAGUCGCUUGUUCAAUCUCAUGAAGGUUAGAAGAACCAAGGUUGAUGUUCCCAUAGCAGGAAUUGGCAGCUCAUCGACGAAAGUUAAAUUCCAGUUUCAUGCCAUCGUAAAAUCCCGCACAUCAGAUUACACAACAACACUACCAUUCCUUAUUCUGCCAAAAGUUACUAUCGAUCUCCCAACUAUUGACGUUAACAUUUCCCAAUGGCCCAUACCUAAGAACCUACAAUUCUCUGAUCCCGACUUUUAUGAACGACACCCUAUUGAUCUCGUACUGGGAGCCGAGAUAUUUUUCGAUCUUUUUUCACCCCCUGGUCAUAUCUACUUGGGUGAAUCAAUGCCGUCGGUAAUCAAUUCCGUAUUCGGAUGGGUCGUCUCGGGAAAAACAACAUCCAACGCAAACAUUCCACAAACCACCCCAAUGAUUUGUCAAGUUGCCACACUUAAGCGAUUGGAAAACCAGAUCGAAAAGUUUUGGUUGAUAGACGAAAGCGCAUUCCCAUCAUCAUCUUAUUCCCCCGAAGAAAGUAAGUGUGAAGAAUUUUUCUGCCGCACCGUUAGUCGCAAUCCCCAGGGUCGCUACAUCGUUUGUUUACCAGUGAAACGUGACGUCAUAAAUCAGCUGGGCGAUAAUUCCAAAUCAGCUGUUCGUCGGUUCCAGUUGAUAGAGAAUCGAAUGCAAAAGGAACCUUCCCUAGGUGAGCAAUACAGAGAGUUUAUGACGGAGUAUAUUCGGCUCGGUCACAUGGAACUAGUGACCGAGUGCGAGCAUACUACCAAACAGGCAUACUAUCUCCCUCACCAUCCCGUUAUCCGAGAUUGCAGCACUACGACCAAGGUCCGGGUCGUAUUCGGCGUAUUCGAUGCGUCAAGCCGAUCUUCCACGGGUGUAUCGCUCAACAAUGCUCUGAUGGUGGGCCCCACAAUACAGCAAGACUUACGAGCGAUCGUGAUGCGCUUUCGUACGUACCCGUUUGUUUUGAUUGCUGAUAUUGAAAAAAUGUAUCGGCAAAUUCUCGUGCAUCCCGAUGACACCCCACUACAGAGAAUCUUCUGGCGCUCAUCUCCCGAUCAACCGAUACAGACGUACGAGCUCAAGACGGUGACGUAUGGCACAGCUUCGGCUCCUUUUCUGGCGACUAGGGUUCUCAAACAGCUGGCAAUCGAUGAGGCGGAGGGUUUCCCGAAGGCAGCGAGGGUUAUCAGAGAGGAUGUCUACAUGGACGAUAUCUUCUCCGGGGCACAGACGGUGGCAGAAGCAGUCGAGCUGCGAGACCAGCUGGAAGCGAUGUGCCUCAAGGCUGGCUUUCCGCUGCAGAAAUGGGCUUCGAACGACGAAGCAAUCAUGAAUGGGAUUCCUGCUGAGCGACGGGCGCUUCAGCAGUCGAUAAAUUUAGAUCAAGACCAGACACUGAAAACACUUGGGCUUCAUUGGAAACCGGGCACAGAUAUACUGAAAUUUAGUAUCGAUUUGAAACCUCCGACAGAUGCUAAACUCACAAAAAGGGCAACUCUUUCUUGCAUUGCGCAACUUUUCGACCCGUUGGGACUUGUGGGUCCAAUUUUGGUUACGGCAAAGGCUUUUAUGCAAAAACUCUGGACGUUAAAAAACGAUAAUGGGUCAAUUUGGGAUUGGGAUCAAGAAUUGCCCGACUACCUUAAACAUGAAUGGGUCAACUAUCAUACUCAACUACCCCUGCUUAACAGUGUUCGGCUAGAGAGGUAUGUUCUCCUGCGCAAGGCAGUCGAGAGUGAGUUACACAUUUUCUCGGACGCAUCCGAAACAGCGUAUGGUGCGUGCGCCUAUAUUCGAUCUGUUGAUAAUCAAGGCAAAAUUAAAGUGGCUCUCCUUACAUCUAAGUCGAGAAUCGCCCCCCUCAAGCAAGUUAGCAUUCCCCGCCUAGAGCUUUGUGGCGCUCUUCUGGCAGCCGAACUUUACGAGAAGAUUCGGCUAUCGAUAAACAUUGAGAUGAAUGUGAAAUUUUGGACGGAUUCGACAGUGGUACUGAGUUGGCUGAGGGCUAUUCCAUCAACUUGGACCAACUUUGUGGCAAAUAGGGUUUCCAAAAUUCAGACUGCGACGGAAGGAUGCUCAUGGCAACACAUUACCGGCGCAGAAAACCCAGCUGAUGUCAUUUCCCGAGGCUGUUUACCGUCGGACCUUCUUUCGAAUUCCUUAUGGUGGCAGGGACCAGAUUGGCUAAACCAAGACAAGGGUUCUUGGCCAAUUCCUAGCGUUGAUAUCGUUACCAGCACUGAUUUUGAAUUGAGAAAAUCCGCAAUCGUUUCCUCUUCAGCGAACAUAGAACCCAGCUUCAUUGAUGACCUCCUGAAACAAUUUGAAAAUUUUCAUGCGCUUCUACGCUUCACCGCAUAUGCGUUGCGGCUCAGCACGAAUUUCCGCCUGCCACAGAGCGAGCGCAGGUUCCAGUGGCUCACGACCGACGAACUGAAAACAGCAGAGCACACGAUUGUCCGACUUAUCCAACAGCAGCAUUUCCCCGACGAGUGGAGAAGGUUGAAAAAAGGCGAGCCGGUAUCGAGUUCUUCGAAGCUGAAGUGGUUCUACCCAAUACUUAGCCAGCGUCAUGACGUCAUAAGAAUCGGUGGGAGAAUUGAUCGAUCAGCGCAACCGUACGAAUCAAAACACCAGAUAAUUCCCCAGGAUCUCACCCCUUCACCGUUAUUUUGCUCCGCUCUUAUCAUCAUCGUCUACUGCAUGCAUCUCCCCAGCUGUUGA